AUGGCCAAGCCUUUCUCAGUACUCUACUCACUUUGGUUCUUCAUCCUGAUACAUUGGGCGUUACCUUCUGUUUCAGGCCCUCGACACUGGUGGCCCUCACACGGAAAUAUUAAGGUGAAAUGUCCAUAUAAAAAAGUGGACUUGCGUUGGUUCAGAGGAACAAUAAACCCCUGCCAUGGGACACAUCAACCCAUCUGUGGCACCAAUGAAGUCACCUAUGAAAACCCCUGCCUCUUGUGCAUUGAGAGCUUGAAAUCUCAUGGGAAAAUUAGGUUUCUACGUGAUGGAAAAUGCUAG